AUGGUAGGCAAGCUCAUCCCGGCUCCGGUGGUUGCAGCUGCCUCAGCCGCCCUGCUCUUUGCAUCGAAGGGUGGUUUUUCACCGGAGCUUCAGCUAUUUACCCGUGGUGCCACUGCAGCUUUCAAGCGUUUGGCUGUGAUUCUGCUGGAAGAUGCAUGGAUUGAAGAAGACAACAUGGCCUCUUCGUUGGAAGGUCUCCUGGCUCUGGGUUUAGUGACUCAGCAGAUGAACGACUACGAACCCUCACAUCACCUCAUCAUCUCAUCCAUGCGGAUUGCCGCGAAGGCCGCGAUGUCGUGCAGCUUGAUUGCCUGGCGCAAAGGAAAGCAGGGUCCUUCAAGCAUCAAGGCGACGAAUAGAAUAGCUUGGGGUUUUACCAAGAAGCACAGAGCAAAGUCACAACGUCACCAUGAUUUCAUUGCAAUGUAUUUGACCCAGUUUGAGGUGUCUGAAAGUAGCAAGUCUGGUAAGCUGGAGAUGCUGCAUGCACAUGGACGUCCUGAUAUUAUGCCUCUUUGCCACAUCGUCGACCAGCAUACGUUCCGCGGAGUUGGUCAUGUGCUCGGCGCUGGGUCAGGAGCCACGUUUGCUGAUCGCUUUCAUCUCCUGUUUGAUCAGUGCACCGGCUGCAACCCCAGAUUCUCAGACCUUGCUGGUUUUGAAUCAAGACCUGAAGUUCAGCGUGCUCGUUUUGCACAAAACUGUUGCCUGAACUUUGCCCUGCAGAAACCUCGGAAUGCAUUGCCACUGAUCUCUGAUGGCACUCCAGUGAGUCUAGAGCUAGACACAGGGGUGCUGGCUGCAGGCGUUGGGCCAAUUUCGGUGCACGUGAAUGCGGGGUCCAAGCGCAAAAAGGAACUUUUAGUUUUGCUUGGACUGAGAUGCCCAGAAGAUGAGGUAGUGAUGCUGAAACCCGUUAGAGCAACCAGAGAUUUGUUCGGUGAACUUACAGAGAAAGAGCGUGCAGAUGCAGUCACUUUAGCCCGUUCGCACAGCCAUCGUGUGGUGUCUCCCUUGCUGCCAAGCAGCAAAGAAGCCCAGUUUCGUGACGGAAUGUGGGAGGUAGAUGGAUGCAAAUGGGCAGACCUAGUCAGCCAAGGAGUCAAGGUCAAAAUACCGCUGGUUUGCCCACCGCGCUGGUGUGACGACCUGUUGAAGAACCCCAGCAGAGUGUGUGAUUUGCUUGAUGAUGAUGGUGCUUUAGAAGAUGCUCUCCGAAGUACAGGUGCUGGAAUGAUUGCAGAUUCAGACAAAAUUGUGAUGUGCAUGACCUGUUCACUUCCACACGGAAUCUCCCUUCGAGCAGUAGCACUUUUGCGACAGCAGUAUGCCUGCAUUUCUAUGCCUACUCCAUCUCUGCAAGGAGGUUUGGAUCAGCUCGCGGCCUAUGAUGGGGAUUGGAAGGUCUACCGGCUUUUGGCACUGAUUUCGCGCCUAGUGCCCGCAGCCCUAAGGCCGACCAUGCCACCCAACUUUCAGGUGGUGAACUCCAUCCUCCUGCGAGUUGUUGAGAAGUGGAUGAUGGAGGGCAUCCAAAGCCGCCCAGCUGACCUCCACCUGCCACGGUCCGUUGGUCUAGAAACGGUGGGGCGGUGGGAGGAGGUGCAGAAGUGCCUGGAGCAAGUGGCGGAACUCAUGGAACAUCAACGUGAGGCCAUUCAUUGCAUGGUCCAGCGAGAUGAAGAUUUAAAGUGUGGCGGGCACUUCCUCAUCAUGGAUACUGGCCAUGGCAAGACCGUGACUGCUCUCGUUUAUGCCUUCAGGUGGCUUUGCCAGCAUGGCCAGAACGUGAAGCGUCUGGUGUGGAUCACCCCACAUGGCACUGUGGAGAAUUUGGUCAAGCAGCUGCGUGCCCUGAAUGCUGAUGCCACGUCGUCCUUCUUCGUCUUUGACGAGGUGGAUGAGAUGUAUGCACCAACCUUGCGGACUUCGGCCGCCCGGCGCCUGUGCCAGCUUUGCCCCAAGUUCGUGGCGCAGACCGCCACACCGUUGCGGAAGAAUGAGUCGCAGCUCUUGGCAUGGUUGGCAGAUACCUGCUCCUUUCCUGUGGACAAACAAAAUUGGCUGGUGGCUGCUUCUGGGAUGGUCUCGAUGCAGCUGGAACUAGGCAUCGCAGCUCGAGAAGAAGAUGUUCUUGUACCAAUGGUAGAUGAUGCCCUGGCCCCUGCCAACUGA